AUGACAGAAUUUUAUUCUGAAAAAAUCGGUCUUCCAAAGACAGAUCCACGUCGCUGGAGAUUAAGAACUGAUGAAUCAGGCCGAGAAAGCUGGGAAUACUUGACGCCUGAGCAAGCAGCUAACGACCCGCCAUCCACUUUCACACAAUGGCUUCUUCAAGAUCCAGACUUUCCUCAACCCCACCCAGAAAAAAACAAGCAUUCACCAGACUUUUCGGCUUUCGAUGCCUGCCAUAACGGUGCAUCUUUCUUCAAACUCUUGCAAGAGCCCGAUUCUGGUAUUUUCCCAUGUCAAUAUAAAGGGCCCAUGUUCAUGACAAUUGGUUAUGUUGCUGUGAGCUAUAUUGCUGGCAUUCAAAUUCCUGAACAUGAAAGGAUAGAAUUAAUCAGAUACAUCGUGAACACGGCACAUCCCGUCGAUGGUGGUUGGGGGUUGCACUCCGUGGACAAAUCUACUGUUUUUGGUACUGUACUGAACUAUGUUAUUUUGCGUCUGUUAGGCCUAUCGAAAAAUCAUCCCGUUUGUGUCAAGGCAAGAGAUACUUUAUUAAGAUUAGGCGGUGCUAUUGGUGCGCCACACUGGGGCAAAGUUUGGCUAAGUGCAUUAAACUUGUAUAAAUGGGAAGGUGUUAACCCUGCUCCUCCUGAAACUUGGCUACUUCCGUACUCAUUGCCUAUUCAUCCAGGAAGAUGGUGGGUUCAUACUAGAGGCGUUUACAUUCCAGUCAGUUACCUGUCAUUGGUAAAGUUUGUAUGUCCCAUGACUCCUCUUCUUGAAGAAUUGAGGGGUGAAAUUUACGUCAAACCAUUUGAUAAGAUUAACUUUUCUAACCACAGAAACACUGUGUGUGGAGUGGAUUUAUAUUAUCCACACUCUAAAAUUUUGAAUAUUGCAAAUUGUUUUGUUGUAUUUUACGAAAAAUACUUGAGAAAUCGAUUCAUUUAUUCCUUAUCCAAGAGAAAAGUUUACGACCUGAUUAAAAAGGAAAUUGAAAAUACCGAUUCUUUGUGUAUAGCACCUGUUAAUCAAGCAUUUUGUGCCCUUGUUACCUUAAUUGAAGAAGGUGUAGAUUCAAAAGCCUUCAAAGAUUUCCAAUACAGAUUCAAGGAUGCAUUGUUUCAUGGCCCACAGGGCAUGACCAUUAUGGGAACCAACGGUGUGCAAACUUGGGACUGUGCAUUUGCCAUUCAAUAUUUUUUUACUGCUGGUCUGGCAGAAAGACCGGAAUUUUAUAACACAAUUGUCUCCGCUUAUAAAUUCUUGUGUCGUUCUCAGUUUGACACUGAAUGCGUUCCUGGUAGUUUUAGAGACAAAAGAAAAGGUGCUUGGGGUUUUUCAACAAAGACUCAAGGUUAUACGGUUUCUGACUGUACUGCAGAAUCGAUCAAGGCUAUUAUCAUGGUAAGAAACUCUCCGGUCUUUAGUGACGUACAUCAUUUGAUCACCAAUGAACGCUUAUUUGAGGGUGUUGAUGUACUAUUGAAUUUACAAAACAUCGGCUCUUUUGAAUAUGGCUCCUUCGCCACUUAUGAAAAAAUCAAAGCGCCACUGGCCAUGGAGAACUUGAAUCCAGCUGAAGUUUUCGGUAACAUCAUGGUAGAAUACCCAUACGUGGAGUGCACAGAUUCUUCCGUUCUUGGACUGACCUACUUCCAUAAGUUUUUUGACUAUAAAAAAGAGGAAAUAUCUACAUGUAUCAGAAUCGCUAUUGAAUACAUCAAGAAGUCUCAACUACCAGAGGGAGGUUGGUAUGGAAGCUGGGGUAUUUGCUUCACCUAUGCAGGUAUGUUUGCGUUGGAAGCACUACACACUGUGGGAGAAACAUACGAAAAUUCCUCGACGGUGAGAAAAGGUUGUGAUUUCCUGGUGAGCAAGCAGAUGAAAGACGGUGGUUGGGGUGAAUCGAUGAAGUCUAGUGAGUUGCAUAGUUAUGUGGAUAGUGAAGACUCUCUAGUCGUCCAAACAGCAUGGGCACUGAUUGCACUGCUUUUUGCUGAAUACCCGAAAAGAGAGGUCAUUGACCGAGGUAUUGAGCUUUUAAAGCAUAGACAAGAAGAAUCCGGAGAAUGGAAAUUUGAGAGCGUAGAAGGUGUUUUUAAUCAUUCCUGUGCAAUCGAAUACCCAAGUUAUAGAUUUUUGUUUCCCAUAAAGGCAUUAGGUAUGUAUACCAAAGCAUAUGAACCAGAUUGUUUUUGA